AUGCAAGCAAGAAUCACUGAUCUCACUCGUGAAGAAGAGAAAAUCAUUUACAACUCCAGCAUGUAUGUGGCAUCUAUGGAUCCACUCUACCGAAGCAUAGAUACUCUUUUACGUGAGAGCGGUGUGGAUGAUCCAAAUCAAUUACCUCCUCAUCUCAAACAACAAUAUGAUGGAAUUAAAUAUAGUUUACAAAUGAUGGAAGAUCAGUUAUAUUCUAUUGGAACACUGGUCUCUUCAAUUUCCAUUCAAGUUUAUAAAUCACCAGAAGUUGGAAUAGAGCUUCGGACUCUGUUUGGAGUGUUGAUCCGACAUUUAUAUGAAUUGGGAAUCUACAAAACAACGUUCCUUUCCAUGUUCAUUCAAUUGUCAUUUGGUACACGCUCUAAAACAGAUUAUUUAAUGGAAUUAUUACAUGAUGAAAGAGUGUAUCAGUAUAUGAAAUCAGAAAUUGAGGGCAGUGUUGAAAAUCAUGUUCUUCUUGCUCCAAUAAUGCCUGUUGUUGCAAAAAACGAUUGGAAUUUGUUUGUUGAGAAGUAUGAACCUCUUUAUUUUCUUUUAAAUGCUCCUUCUGGAAAUGCGUAUUCCUAUGCAUCUCAAGUUUAUGAGGCUGCUUCAAAACAUCCAAAAAGUAUUCUACCGUAUUUGAAGGAAGCGAUCAAUGGACUGGUCGUCACGGCUGAAAAAGAAAAAUCAGAAUCGAAAGAACAACAUAUUUUGAAUAGUGUUUUCAAUUUGGUGAAUAGCAAUCCUGAAGCUCUUUUCAAUAGUCCAGAUUCCUCUGAUCUACUUGACAAGCUCAACAAGAUAGCUCCAAUCAUUUUUGAUACAAACAAACCUGUAAUGACUGAAAUAUUUUCUAUUGGUGAAAAAUUGAAAGAAUCAAACGAAGCUGAUUUGAGUUUCGAGGAUGGAGAAUAUCUUCUCAUGGUUGAGUACAAUGGAAAGAAGAAAAAAAUUAAGGAGAAAAGCAAUCAUACUCUGGCCUCCUUGUUGCAGGUUGUCUUUGAAAAGUAUCAAAUUGAAGAAGAUUGUUCCAAUUUAAAUAAUCUCUAUGACAAGGGUUAUAUCGUUGAAUAUUUUGAAAACGGUAUUAAUGAUUGGAUUGAAUUUGAGUGGAUUGAAGAUAUUCCAAAAACACCUUCUGUUGCAAAAAUUCGUAUCACGAAAGAAAAAGUUGAAAAUGAACAAAUGGAACAAAUCGUUGAGAGAAAUACCAACAUUCAGUUAGUGAACGAAAAGUAUCAAAUUUUAAAGAGACUUGGAAAGGGUGGUUUUGGUACAGUAUACCUUGCAAACAAUUUCUCUGACGUGAUACCAACCUUGGCCGCUCUCAAGUACAUUGAAAUUGACAGCGUGAUCAACUUUAACCGUUCAAUGAGAGAAGGCAUCCAAAUGCUUCAGCUUGACCAUCCAAAUAUUGCAAAAAUCUUUGACGUAUUCGAAGUUCAAAGCAGUGAUAUUGGUCUAAUGGGUGUCGAAACUAAACGUUAUUUAUGUUUUGCCAUGCCAUACUAUAGCCAUGGUGAUCUUUAUGAUUUGGUCAAGAACGCACCACAUAUCUUGACACCAAUAAUGAUACGAUCAAUCAUGAAGCAAUUGAUGGAAUCACUCGCGUAUCUUCAUGACGAAAUGAGUAUUGUUCAUCGUGACAUCAAACCACAAAAUGUUUUGAUUGAUUCCAUCAAUAUUGCAGCAAAAACAUUGAAACCAAUUUUAUCAGACUUUGGUUUGGCCAAGACUCUCCUCAAGACAGAGACACAAAUUGCUGGUACAGCUUCCUACAUGUCUCCGGAAAUGACUACCCGAAAGGGAUAUGAUUUAAAGACCGAUGUUUGGUCAAUGGGAGUGAUGUUUUAUCAACUCGUUUCCGUGGGAGACUUUGUAACCGAUGUUAAGGGUAAAAUCCUAGAGAACGACGUGAAUUAUUUGAGGUCUCAAAUUAAUAGAGCUUGGAGCUCAGGUUCUGAUGCAGAUAUUGAAACCAUCUCAGUCCUCACGGGUCUCACAUUUGAUAUGCUGAAGAUAGAUCCUGAUGAACGUUUGUCCUCCAAUGAAAUAUUGCAGAGAUUGCAAUAA